ACAUUUUGUGCUACUGCUACUGAAAAAUGCCUUGCUUGGGAAAAGAUCAGACGUGUGACUGGAUGGAACUGGGGCAGAAUAGGAGGGAGGCCUGAAUUGUCUUGGUUUUUAACACUUAAUUGUUGGAAUAUAUGCCUGCAUGUGAAACCCACAUUCCUUUUGGAUUUAUUAAUGGUUUAUCACAAUACUGCAAGGGAUCUGACCUCAUUUGGCCGAAUAGGCCAAAAAAACGUCAAAUGACAGAUACGUAUUGUGACUGUCAAUAUUUCUGUUCCUUCUCGUGGCAAUGGCACCAGUGGGGUCAAUCCCCCAUCACUUGAUGACAAGCAAUAAAUAUGGCUCCCGCCUGUUCUCUUGGACCGUUAUGAUUUUCUUUUAAGAAGAAAAUUCAACUUCUCUUUCUACAACAACCUGCGUUAUGCGCCGCUGCUCAUGGCCCAUGCAAUUUAUGUUGCGGUUUAUUAGUAAGAAUAAUGUAGGUUGUUUAGUUAUACCAUUACCUUAAGUGGAAACCUUCUAAUACAAGGAGAGGCUACAGCCUAAUUAACUUGCAGUCUGUUCUGGAUCUUUGGGUUUCAUCUGUAGCCUGCCAGGCCUGUGCUGUACAACUACACAAACAAACAGGGGAACUAUAUUAAUUUGCCAGCCAUUAAGGCAAAAGCUCCUAAUGCAGGGAGAGCCUUGUGAUGCCUCAUUUAUUUCCAGCUCAUUAUGGCUUCAUUGGAUUCACCUGCAGCUGGGAAAGCCUGUGUAGCUCAACUCCUGGGCUGUACAAGAUCACUGACUUGAAUAGGCAGAUAAGCUUUCCAGCUAUUCCAGAAAGACUCGGGUGUGGUUGUGCCAACAGGAUAAUUAUACGAUGACUCCUGGAGGCCGUUCUUGUUGGUGAGACCAUUUCCACAAUAGGACCUCUACGUAAUCACAUAUAAAAGCGGCACUGCGUUAUCUGAGAUGGGAUUAUAGCAUAAAGAAUCAACGGAUUCCAGAAGUCUUCCCCACUCGUUCUUCCAGAGAUCACCUUCUACCUACAGUUCCAGAGCUACUCAUUGACUGCUCUUCUUGUCCUCACUAAAGCAACUUAAACGCUGGGUAGUGUGGCACAUAUUACCCCUUCCUCCUCAAGGAGAGACUUCUUCUCAACAACCAUCCAUAGCCCAUGAAUAUAUAUUGGUAAAAAGUCCCAGGAUCACCUCUGUCACGCAACAUUGCACCUAUUCCAUACAUGCCCCCUCCACCGUCUGUGUGCUGCCAUGAAGAAGGAGGAUUGCUCCUUGCUAUAAAGAGGAGGAGAAGGAGGGGGUGAGAUAAAAGAAUUAUUUUCCUACUGAAAAGAAAGGGAAAAAGAACGAAACAGAAGGAAAUGUGCUAAUCCAAUUUUAAGUCUGCUGAGCUGGAUGGUAGAAUAAGCCGUAGCAGGUGCACAGAAACACCGAGUGGAUAAAUCUACUCCUUGACUUUCCCAUCUGAUCUGGAUUUACAAAUGCUACAGAAUAAAGAUUUGAAAAUUACACAAAAGGAGGCGGGUGGAAAGAGACCAAUGUUGCCAGCAGUUAUUUGAAGGUUGAAAGAAAAAUUGAAGAACUCUGAGCCAUAUUCAUCAGGAUUCCUCCAAACUCAAUCGCUUUUGGGAUAACAGCCCAACAAGAUGGCGAUCACCACUACCACCACCACUACCACCUCAACAACAAUAGCUGCCUCAGCAGCAGCUACGACCACAACUGCCACAACAGUUGCCAUGACCACAGCCACCCUGGACUUGCGUGACUGGCUGUUCCUGUGUUAUGGACUUAUUGCAUUUCUGACAGAGGUAAUAGACAGCACUAAUUGCCCCUAUGUGUGCCGUUGUGACAAUGGUUUUAUUUACUGUAAUGACCGAGGACUAACUUCAAUCCCCCCUGACAUCCCAGAUGAUGCAACUACCCUUUACCUCCAGAACAACCAGAUAAAUAAUGCUGGAGUUCCAACAGAGUUGAAGACAAAGACCAAUGUCAAAGUCAUCUACCUGUAUGAGAAUGACCUUGAUGAAUUUCCGGUCAACCUUCCACAUUCCCUCCGUGAGCUCCACCUUCAGGACAACAACAUCCGCAGUGUGACACGGGACUCUCUUUCUCGUAUUCCACAAAUCGAGAAGCUACACCUAGAUGACAACUCUGUAUCAACCGUUAGCAUUGAAGAUGAUGCCUUUUUAGACAGUCAUCAGCUACGUCUACUCUUCUUGUCACGUAAUCACCUCAGUAGCAUCCCGAAUGGAUUGCCACAUACAUUAGAAGAACUAAGGCUGGAUGAUAACCGCAUAUCUACUAUCCCGCUUCACGCAUUCAAAGGCCUCAACAAUUUGCGUCGGUUGGUUCUAGAUGGGAAUCUUUUGGCCAACCAGCGAAUUGCAGAUGAUACAUUUAGCCGUCUCCAAAACCUAUCCGAGCUUUCCUUGGUCCGAAAUUCGUUGGCUGCCCCUCCAGUCAAUCUGCCCAGUGCUCAUUUACAAAAACUCUACUUGCAGGAUAAUGCCAUCACCCAUAUACCAUACAACUCACUGUCCAAAAUGAGGCAGUUGCAGAGAUUGGAUCUAUCCAGUAACAACCUCACGGCCCUUCCCCGUGGUCUCUUUGAUGAUUUAGAAAAUCUGAGUCAACUGCUGCUUAGAAAUAAUCCCUGGUUCUGUGGGUGCAAUCUUAUCUGGCUGCGAGACUGGGUGAAAGCCAGAGCAUCUGUGGUGAAUGUUCGUGGCCUAAUGUGUCAGGGACCUGAGAAAGUUCGAGGAAUGGCCAUUAAGGACAUAACUCAAGAGCUGGAUGAUUGCUUUGAGGGUGGGCCACAGAGUAAUUUGGCCUUUGCUCAUGCUACACCAAGCAGUCCAAUAACCACCACUCCAGCUCAAGGCUCUCUUUUUACCCUCAAAUCCAAGAGGCCCAGAAUUCAAAUACCAGACUCAAAUGUCGAUUACCCCAUGGAAACUGGAGCUGCAACUAAAGCUUUGAUGCUAAAUGUCAAGCCUCUAACAGCUGACAGCAUUCGCAUCACUUGGAAGUCCUUUCACCCAGCAAGUUCCUUUCGACUUAGUUGGCUGAGACUUGGCCAUAGUCCGGCUGUUGGCUCUAUCACGGAAACCUUAGUGCAGGGAGACAAAACCGAGUACUUGUUAACUGCUUUGGAACCCCGCUCCACAUAUAUUAUAUGCUUGGUUACCAUGGAUACAGGAAACACCUAUCUUGCUGAUGAAUCACCUGUUUGUGCCAAGGCAGAGACCACCGAUGUAUACGGACCCACAACUACAUUGAACAGAGAGCAGAAUGCAGACCCUCUCGCCGGGUUACCUUUAGCUGGUAUUAUAGGGGGAGCUGUUACCCUCGUCUUCCUAUUUUUGAUUUUGGCAUCCAUUUGCUGGUACGUACAUCGGGCUGGGCAACUGUUGACCCGUGAGAGAGAGUACAGUCACGGCAGCCGGAAGAACCAUGAUUACGUAGAGUCCGGGACCAAGAAAGACAACUCCAUCUUAGAGAUUAGGGGACCAGGGCUUCAGAUGCUGCCUAUAAACUCUCACCGAUCAAAAGAAGAGUAUGUCAUCCAUACAAUAUUCCCAUCAAAUGGAACAAAUGGAAGCAGCCUUUACAAAAGUAACCACACGAUAGGCUACGGCACUCACAGAGGAUACAGAGAUGGUGGAAUACCAGACACAGACUAUUCCUACACAUGAUGCUUCAUAUAUUGGACUGAUCAGCUCCAAAGCCCACAGUGAUAGUUUGUUUUUAAUGGUGUCCAACGGUGCAAAAAAAAAGUCAACAAAAUAAACUCGAGCUGUAAAGAAAGCAAGAAAAACAGACUCCGUGGGAUAUUUUUUAGGAAAAAAAAAUAUCGAUAUUCACUACAGACCCUUGAGAAUAAAGAAGAAAAAAAAAAAAAGAAAAAAAUGGCAGUAGAUUUGCAGCUAGUUGAAAUGGUUGUGGGAGAACUCAAUUAUGUUUAAUAAAGCAGUUGAAUCGUUUUAAAAACAA